UAUUUUUUUAUUUUUUGGAGGGAUUCGAGCGCGGGAGCGCUGGAGGCACUGCGUCCCUCGACGAACGCCGCAACACGAGCUCCUGGCAUGCCCUACUAAUUAGUCCUCUUUUGCACCUUCAAAUCAGGAAGGUUUCAUUGGCAGCUCUUAUGGCGGGUGCUUUGCCUUGCUGCAGCGAAGAGGAGGUUUGUGGAUCAGUUGGAAGCUGCCCUAAGAAAUGUGUGGGAUGUGCUAGUUGUCAAAAUGAGCCUGCUUGCAAAGAACCAAAUAACCUUACUGAGCAUAAUGCGGCAACUCUGAAGGAUAAGAUUGUUCCACUUGAAGGAAAGCCAUACUUCACAUCUGUGAUGGGAGAGAGUAGCGUUCGCAGUCAAUAUUUUUUGAAAAUUCCAAAAAAAUUUCGUCCAUAUCUUCCACCAUCUUCAACAAGGAUUGUACUCUGUUGCAGAGAGAAGGAAUGGUUUGCUAAAUACAAAGUUUACAAAAACGUAAAGGUUAUAAGAGAGGGAUGGAAACAAUUUGUGGUGGAUAAUGAUUUAAAGAUUGGAGAUGGCUGUGUUUUUGAGCUAAUGAAUGACAAAGAAUUAAAGAUCAGAGUUCAGAUUCUCAAUGGAGAAUUACCGGCUACUAAAAGUACUUGUUUUACAGUUGGAAGAAACAUUGAUAAUCCCAUUUUGAUCGAAUGAGCUAGUUUUGGCUAUCACAUUAAAUGCUUCAUAUAAUUGUUAAAUUUAGCCUUUUAUAGGUAAGUUCUUCUAAGCUA